CUUUUCCUCCAUCUCGUAGCUCCACACCGAGAAAAAGGGGCCUUUGUUUGUUCUUUCAGAGCAACCUUGCGCCUUGGCUUCUUCUCCUUCUUCUCCAUAGAAAGAAACACCAAUUCGAGCGACUCGCAGCGAGAGAGAGAGAGAGAGAGAGAGAGAGAGAGAGAGAGAGAGAGAGAGAGAGAGAGAGAGAGAGAGAGAGAGUAGUGAGUAAAAAAGCAUAAAAAGAAAUGGCGCUAGAAGCAGUGGUGUACCCACAAGACCCUUUCGGCUACGGUCGGGAUCAGUACUACGCCCUGGCCGGGGGCCUCCAAGAAUUUGCCGACGAGAAGGCCUUCCUGGACGCUUUCAACGACGACCCCAGCGGCAACAAUGGAUGCUGGGACUACUACUCCUCGUCCUCGGCCAACACCUCGGCCAUGCACGGCGUGAGCAUCAGCACCAGCAGCCAGUGGCCGGCCGUGGACCCCAACUCCUCGUCCCCGGAGACCACCUGCGCCACCGCCGCCACAGAGGCCGGCAGCGGCAACGGCCAGCACUCCCCGUCCGCCGCGGCGGGGGCCGGCGGGGGAGGAGCAGCUGGUGGGGGGAGGAGGAAGAGGAGGAGGAGCCGGAGCAGCAAGAACAAGGAGGAGAUAGAGAACCAGAGGAUGACCCACAUUGCGGUGGAGCGCAACCGCCGCAAGCAGAUGAACGAGUACCUCGCCGUCCUCCGCUCCCUCAUGCCCCCUUCCUACAGCCAGCGGGGUGAUCAAGCCUCAAUCAUAGGAGGGGCGAUCAAUUUCGUGAAGGAGCUAGAGCAGCUCCUCCAGUCCAUGCAGACUCACAAGUCCAAACCAAAACCACUCCAAGACAUCGCCGCUGCCACCACCGCCAUCGACAAUAACAGCGACGAUGUCUCGUCCCCGUUCGCCGAGUUCUUCAGCUUCCCGCAGUACUCGACCCGGUCGGCGCCGACCCAGUGCGGCGGGUCAGCCGAGCCGGACGCAGCCCUGGAGGACCGCGGCGGCUGCCACCACCACCACCCCCAGUGGGCGGUGGCGGACAUAGAGGUGACGAUGGUGGAGAGCCACGCCAACAUGAAGAUCCUCUCCAAGAAGAGGCCGAGGCAGCUGCUCCAGCUGGUGGCCGGGCUGCAGAGCCUCCGGCUCAGUGUGCUCCACCUCAACGUCACCACCGUCGACGACUCGGUCCUCUACUCGGUCAGCGUCAAGGUGGAGGAAGGGUGCCACUUGAAUACGGUGGAUGAAAUCGCAGCUGCUGUUCACGAAUUGCUACGUAGAAUUGAAGAGGAAGCUGGUGUUCUCACCUAAACUUUAAUUUGGAAAACCCUCAUUAAACCCCCCCCCCCCCCCCCCUUCCUUUUGUAACCGUGUUCACAAACGCCUCGUCUUUUUUAUCUUGCUUAAUUCCACCUUUUAAUAUAUUCAAAUCGUUCUGUAUUUACCU